AUGGCCCUCAUCGCUGUCGGAUUCGGCAUCUCCAACUACAUCUCCGAAGCACGAGCCCAACACACCCGCUACCAACUCCAGGAGGAAGAGCGUAUCCGGCAGAAUCAGAAGCUGAUGGACGCGUACGGUGACAAGGACAGUCUGCACGAUGUGAAGCAUGCGCUGGAGGUGUAUGAGGUCCAGUAA